AUGCCUCAUACAAGAGGCCUUGCAGACUCACUUUUUGUGCCUUUUGCUCAUCAUUUCAUUGCCAACCCAGACAAGACUGAUGGGACAUGGGCUCUCAGAUUGAUGGGCAGUCACAAUCACUCCAAUCACUUUGUCCACUACAACCCGGACUCCCCUGAAACUGUUCCCAGUUUUUCAAAAAUCAAGCAACAUGUGGUUUCCUUCCACUCCAAAAAUUUACCACACCUCUAUGAGAAUGUGUAUUACAUUCCAACGAUGGUUGACCACCCCCUGUUUGAUUUGUUUGUUGUCACUUUCCCUCCCCUCCCCCAGCCUCAAUGUCUCUGGCUACUACAGAUGACAACAUCCAAAUCACAUAAAGGUUCACAAACGGGCUAUGUCAUGGUACAAGAAAUCAUUGAUCAAAUCAGUCAGCAAGGUGAACUUGUUCAACCUCCACCAGCAAAGAAGCCAGACUUAAAGGGGAAGGGGAAGGCAGAGGAGCCGUUGCUAGUUGAGAUAAACUAUGUCCUUGUCCAUCCCACUGGUCAGGAGGAACACAAUUGGGUUCUUCCUGAGGGUUGGGAUGAACCAAAUGUUUACCUCUUGGAGUUGCCUCUGGAUCAUGACAUUGAUUCAGUAACUACUAGAGCAGGGGUCAUGGAAAAAGGAAACAAAGGUGUUAAUGUCUGGUCAAGGGAGUCUCGUUCCCGACGUUAUAGGGCAGGAUCAAGCGCUAUCCAGGAGGGAGAUAAGAUCCCAUCAGCAGACUUUAAAGUCGGAGGCAAAAAAAUGAGAAAAUUCACACACAAGAUCCUGCCCUAUAAUGUCUGGUGGGAAGGGGUAGGCUCGUGUGACAGGCUUGUAACACACCUCAUCCUCAAGAAGUCCUGCAUCCCAAAUCAUCUCUACAACUUUCAUGUCUGCUCCAAAAUUAUUUCUGAGAUUUAUAGCAUGCUUUAUCACCAAUAA